AUGAACCCGCCGACGAUGCUCCUCCGUCAUCCAGUGAUGGUAACACCAACGUCUUCGAUGAUUUCGUCAAUCAAGUUGACCAGUUCCUUCUUGAAGCGGUUCAGAACCCCCACGAACGCCUUUCCAGUGGGUUUUCUACAUUUCAUAUUCAAUGCAAGAAAAUUUGAAGUUCUUGUAGAAAUUAGGUUUAUGUUUUACAAUAUUGAUAGAGAUUUGUAUGUCAGAUAUUGCCCUGUUAUAUUUUCAUAUAUGGUAUUUGAGGUUGAAUUUGCAAGUUUAGAACAAGUACAUGUUUCAUACUUUCAUCUUGUCUUUAAUAUAGUUGGAUAUAUUGUUAUAUAA